GUGUCGCUUUGCAUGUGACUGCAGCUCCGAUAGACAUGGCGGGCAGUGCAGGAGAAUGGUGCCUGAUGGAGAGCGAUCCUGGGGUAUUCACCGAACUUAUCAAAGGGUUUGGUUGCAUGGGGAUUCAAGUGGAAGAAAUCUGGAGUUUGGAGCAGGAACACUUUGAAGAUUUGCAACCAGUACAAGGUUUAAUUUUCCUCUUCAAAUGGCAGCCGGGGGAAGAACCAGCUGGAUCCAUCGUUCAAGACUCCAGGUUGGACACAAUCUUUUUCGCAAAGCAGGUGAUAAAUAAUGCGUGUGCGACACAAGCCAUUAUCAGUAUUUUGAUGAAUACGACGCAUCCUGAUGUCCAUUUAGGAGAGACUUUAUCUGAAUUCAGAGAAUUCACCCAGAGCUUUGAUGCAGCAAUGAAGGGGUUAGCGCUCAGCAACUCGGAAGUCAUUCGACAAGUUCAUAACAGUUUUGCCAGGCAACAGAUGUUUGAGUUUGAUGCAAAAUCGGCAACAAAAGACGAUGAUGCUUUUCACUUUGUCAGUUAUGUUCCCGUCAAUGGAAGACUUUACGAAUUAGAUGGUUUAAGGGACGGACCAAUUGAUUUAGGACCAUGCAACCAAGAUGAUUGGAUCAGUGCAGUGCGCCCAGUCAUAGAGAAGAGAAUGCAAAAGUACUGUGAAGGUGAAAUACGGUUCAACCUGAUGGCGAUAGUUUCUGAUAGAAAGAAGAUUUAUGAAAAGAAGAUUGCAGAACUGCAGAAACAGCUGACAGAGGUCAGAACAAGAGUGAAACGUCUCUACAUGUACCACUCAAUUCACCUCUCUCUUCUUUUGCAGAUUGAAAAUAUCAGACGAAAACACAACUACCUUCCUUUUAUUAUGGAAUUGUUAAAGACUUUAGCAGAACACCAGCAGUUAAUACCAUUAGUAGAAAAGGCAAAAAGCAAACACAACGUAAGACGAGCGCAAGAAGCCAAAUAACAUUGUUGAUGCUGGGGAACAACAUGCAGGGGUGGGGUUGGGGGGGGGGUUAUUGGAAAUAAAACAUAAAUUCUUCUGAUGUUAUAGAAUAAGUAUAAGCCAGUGGGGCCUCGCAUACAUUAAUUAUAUGUGCAGAGCACAGUGCCCAUUUUUUUUUUUGUAUACACAUUUGAGCACGGUCUUGUCCUGCAUUAUAGCGCAUGUUUACAAUAAAGUGUAUGUGCUCAUGGAGUUUAUCUAUGGAUCCAUUGAUAAAAUAUCUGCAUUGUACUCAUCAGUCCUGUCUAAUUUAUAUAUUUUUGGGGAUGCGCAUUCGAAAGGUUUUUUUAUGGAACAAAUGCCGAAUAUGGUGUCCGCCACCAGCAGCAAUCGCUAUUUUCAGAGCCAGAUUACUUUUUUAUGAACGCGCAACACACGAAGAUCUGUGCAAAUCCAAAUCUUAGUAUGUCGCACUUUCACAGGAAGAAACCCGGCUCUGAAAAUAGCUGAAUGCUGCUGGCGGACAGCAUAUUCUGUUUUCGUUUCAUAACAAAUCUUCUGAUGCACAUCCCUAAUAUAUAUACACACUCACACAGUUCAACCAAUAGUAAAUACAUAAAUAGCUUAAUUUGCAUUCUGAUUGCUUAUUAGUCUAUAUAUACAGUGUGUAUAUAUAUAUAUAUAUAUACACACACACACAUGCCUAAUACAUUUCCUAUAAAAUGUGUCCAUCUGUAAUUUGAAAACAGAAUUGUUAUAGUGUACCCUUUUUCAAAAACUGUGUAUAUUUGAAUGAUACUCACGUAUGCAUAGGGGUUGGAAAAUAUCAGUAUGAUUUACUAGUCAGGAGUUAAAAUCUACUACCCCAGAGGGAAAAAGUUACUAGUCCACUUAAUGUUAAAGAUAGGAAAAAGUCAACUUUAUAAGUGAUCUGCUGAAAUUUCUAAGUCGUCUGAGACCACUGGAAAUAUGAAGCCCUGCGUAUGCACAAGCCGUAUCUUUUUUAGAAGAGCAUGUAGUUUUAAACACAUUUCCUACAAUCAAAUUUGCUUCAUUUUACUGCUAUCCUUUUGUAGAAGAGUGAACCUCAAGGAAAGAAAUGCACUUAUUGGGACCUUGCUGUACACAUCUGGUGAAGCCCAAACUUGGAGCACAGUCGUUUGCUAAAAACAGACAAAGAACCCUUUUACAAGAAGGACAAAAUUCGGCAAAUAAAGGUGUUUUCUUUACUUACACCGGCA